CUACCCCGCUGGCCCGCCAUGAACGGCUCCGAGUCUGCAACCGCCAAGCCCGUGCCUGCGACCAACCAUCUGAAGGCUGCCGCCCUCAGUGUCGUCAGCUCCAUCCAUCGCAAGCUUGAGAACGGCAUCCAAGGCCGCAUCGUUCACUCGGCCGUGCGCACCGUCCAAACAGCCGUAAACAGUCCCCUCGCCCUGAGUGCAUGGGGUGACAACGAUAUUGUCUACGUGCCCAACAUCCGUGUGCAGGAUGUUGCGGUCAUGGUGCUCACCCAUUACCUCGUCACCGUCAUCCCGUUCGAUCUGUGGAGUGAUAGUGGCGUGGCCUCUGUGGUCGACUUCAUCUUUGGAUUCGGCAGCGGCAGUACUGUUGCCGUCGAAGUUUUGGUGAAUUGGGGUGUCAUCGCCGACAGCAUCGGCCAAGAGGUCCUCAAGUCGACUUACGAAAAGGUUAUCGAGACAGCCCUCACCGGCUCGCCUGAGAAUGUCAAGUCCAUGGAUCACAUCAAUCUCCGCACAGUCAGGAUCAAGAGCCUCAUGAUCCGGGGCGUGCACAAGCAGCUCUACAGCACAGCCGAUGUUGCCAUCUAUGUGGUCGAUGGUCGCAAUGAGCCCCGUAACUCGAUGAAGUCGCGGGCCUGGUUUGCCCCCUGGGUGACGGCCAGCAACCGAUACUGCCUCGUGCCGCGCUGGGAGGGUGGCCUGCUGGUUGACCCCUCGGUUGUCAUGGUCUUCGGCCCGGUGGUCGAUGUCGACGCCGAUCUCGGCCGUGCCCUCAUUCUCCAGAGCGCACACAGGCUCAUCUGGGGCGGCUCCGAAAUCGAGAAGCUCGGCCACAAGGCCAAGGAGAGGGUCGACAUGAAGACCUAUUUCAAGAACCUGCUGGACGAGUACUUCCCCAAGGCUGAGAAAGAAAAGCCUCGCCGCCGUCAUUUCAUCAUGGUCGGCGCCGUCGGCAUCGGCUCGUACAUGGGCCUUUGGGAAUCUUGCCACUGCCCAGGAGAGGUCAAGAUGAACUUUAUUCUCUUUGACGGCUGCCCGUGCCUCGUCUUUCCAACUACCUGGUUCGGUUCCGACAACAGCUCAGCCGCCGAAGCAGCCACGCCGGAGCCCCCAACCAUCGCCUGGAGCACCCAGCGCUUCUACGAUCUCUGGAAGAUGAAUGAUGCCCAACGACAAACCCACGCCGACAAUCUCUUCACCUAUCUUUCGCAGUACAUCGACUUCAAAUUGGUUUCGGACAAGCAGAGCGAGGAAGAUGGCCAGCGAAUCGUUCGAACAUCCCUCUAUCUUUUGAUCUCGAGCAUCGCCGCCUCCGAGUCGUUCCUCAAGGUCUGCAGGCUCAAAUGGAGCAAGACCGAUGACGAAAAGAGCGUGUCCAAGUCAAAGUUCGACUCGGAGCGCAGCGGUAUCAUUUUCGUUCGAAUCUAGGCAUCACAAUCGUUCUGGGUGUAGUUCACCGAAUCGCCGCGCCUCCAUUCCCAAGCUGCGUAUCCAACUACUCCAUAAGCAUCACCAGUCAUUAUGUCGUCUCUCCAUUUGUAUAUUAUUCCCAAGAAAAAAACGAGGUGUCCUGAGAUUUCCGGUUCACAACCAUCG